AUGAUCUCGGAUUUGGAGGUACUGAUCCUCGUCCUGGCAGCUUCACAGUCGCUGCGAACUGCUUCAAUCAGGGUGGACGGUUCAUCGCGUGCCCUUCAAUAUGAGACUGUUCACGCUGUUGAGGAUGGACCCAUUUUGAGAGAUAUGGCCUUCUCCUCUGACCACCACUACCUCUACGUCAUGUCUGAGACCCAGCUCUCGAGAGUGCCAGUGGAAGCCUGUGGACAGUACUCCACCUGCAGUGAAUGUCUUGGAUCGGGUGAUCCUCACUGCGGCUGGUGUGUUUUACACAAUAUGUGUGCCAGGAAGGAGAAAUGUGAGCGCUCAUCAGAACCUCGGCGCUUUGCAUCAGACAUUAAGCAGUGUGUCCGUCUCAGUGUACACCCAAACAACAUAUCAGUGUCCCAGUUUAGUGUCACGUUGGUGUUGGAAGCCCAUAAUGUCCCAGAGCUUUCAGCAGGCGUUAACUGCACAUUCAAGGAUCUGGCUGAGAUGAACGGCCUGGUAGAAGGAAACCGGAUCAAGUGUUACUCGCCAACUGAAAAGGAGAUGCCACGUAUUAUUGUGGACAAGGGUGACCACCAGAUAGUGCAGCUCUAUCUCAAAUCCAAGGAGACGGGCCUGGCUUUUGCAAAUACCAGUUUUGUUUUCUACAACUGCAGCGUUCACAAGUCGUGUUUGUCUUGUGUCAGCAGCCCCUACCAAUGUCACUGGUGUAAAUACCGACAUGACUGUACCCAUGACCCUCGCACUUGUUCAUUCCAGGAGGGCCGAGUCAAAAAGCCGGAGGGCUGUCCACAGUUGCUCCCUGCAGAAAGGAUACUGGUGCCAGUCAAUGUGGUAAAGCCCAUUACCCUGCGGGCUAAGAACCUACCCCAGCCCCAGUCUGGACAAAGAGGGUACGAGUGCCUCCUAACCAUCCAGGGAAAUGAUAUCAGAGUUCCUGCCCUGCGUUUUAACAGCUCUUCAGUGCAAUGUCAAAACAAAUCGUAUUCAUAUGACGGGAUGGAGAUGAGCAGUCUUCCUGUGGAGUUGACCGUCAUCUGGAACGGAGAUUUCAGCAUUGAUAACCCCACCCACAACAAAGUUCAUCUUUAUAAGUGUGAUGCUCAGCGCGGAAGCUGCGGUUUGUGUCUGAAAGCAGACCCACUGUUUGGGUGCGUUUGGUGUACAGGAGAGAACCGCUGCACCCUCAAGCAACACUGCCCCUUCCCAGACAGCCAGCUCCUGGAGCCCAACGGGAUCAACAGCAAAUGCACACACCCAAAAAUUACACAGAUUAAUCCUCUGCGGGGCCCCAGGGAGGGAGGAACUCUGGUGACUAUCCGGGGUAUAAACCUGGGACUGGACUUCAGAGAGAUUGAGGGCAACGUGAAAGUGGCGGAAGUGGACUGCACUCCCAUACGUGAAGGUUACAUCCCUGCUGAACAGAUUGUUUGUGAGAUGGGUCGAGCAGAGAUGAGCCAGUACACUGGGAACGUGCAAGUGUGUGUUGGCGUUGGAGCAUGCAGACCCGAAUUCAUGGCAAAAUCAUCCAAGUACUUCUACUUUGUGGUCCCACGAAUUACUGGGCUGAAGCCGAGCCGUGGACCGGUGUCUGGGGGAACAAUUGUCAACAUCACAGGCAGCCACUUGGAUGCUGGGAGCAAUGUGUCAGUUAUGUUUAAAGAUCAGCCAUGUACUUACUUGAGGAGGGGUGGCCAGUGGCUAACCUGCCGAACACAUGCCUCCCUGCAUGGCUACGGGAAUGUUUCUGUGUCUGUGAGUAUAGAUAGAGCCCAGCUCCAGAGAGAUCUGCAGUUUGAAUAUGUGGAGGACCCAACAAUAACGAAGAUAGAGCCGGAAUGGAGCAUCUACAGCGGACACACUCCAGUGACUGUAACAGGAACUAACCUGGACAUCAUUCAGACUCCACUCAUCAGAGCCAAAUACAACAGCCACGAGACGCUCAACCUAUGUGAGGUGCUGAGCUCCACGUCCAUGCUGUGCCAGGUCCCAGAACUGCCCAUAAGCUUGGCCAGACACCAAGAAGCACCAGAAAAGCCUGAUGAAUUUGGCUUUAAACUGGAUGAUGUGCAGUCCCUGAUGGCCCUCAACAGCACCAACUUCAUCUACUACCCUAAUCCUGAAUUUGAGCCACUGAGUACCUCUGGAGUCCUAGACCUUAAACCUGGAUCACCCAUCAUACUGAAAGGACGGAACUUCCUUCCACCAACUAAUAGUGGGAAUGGAAAAUUAAAUUACACAGUUCUGAUUGGAGAUAAACCCUGUAUGGUUACGGUGUCAGAGACUCAGCUUCUAUGUGAAUCACCCAACCUGACUGGUCGCCAUAAAGUCCUGGCACGUGUUGGCGGUAUCGAAUUCUCCCCAGGUGUGGUCCACAUCACGUCCGACAGCCCACUCAGCAGCACAGCGAUCAUCGGCAUCGGUGCAGCUGGUGGUUUGCUCCUUCUUUUUAUUGUCGUGGUUCUAAUCGCCUAUAAGCGGAAGUCUCGUGAAAGCGACCUGACUCUGAAGAGACUUCAGAUGCAAAUGGACAACCUUGAGUCACGUGUGGCAUUAGAGUGCAAAGAGGCUUUUGCAGAGCUUCAGACAGACAUUCAUGAGCUAACCAGUGAUCUAGAUGGUGCCGGAAUCCCCUUUCUAGACUACAGGACCUACACCAUGAGGGUGCUUUUCCCAGGCAUUGAGGAACAUCCUGUACUGAGAGAUCUGGAGGUGCCAGGCUACCGCCAGGAGCAGGUUGAGAAGGGACUGAAGCUCUUUGGCCAGCUCAUUAACAACAAAAUAUUCCUGCUGUGUUUUAUUCGCACUCUGGAGGCCCAGCGUGGCUUCUCCAUGAGAGACCGUGGCAACGUUGCCUCACUGAUCAUGACCGUGCUGCAGAGCAAGCUGGAGUACGCCACUGAUGUCCUGAAGCACCUGCUGUCUGACCUCAUAGACCGCAACCUUGAAAGCAAAAAUCACCCUAAAUUGCUGCUUCGCAGGACGGAGUCUGUUGCCGAGAAAAUGCUGACCAACUGGUUUACAUUCCUGCUCUACAAAUUUCUAAAGGAGUGUGCAGGCGAACCCCUUUUCUCGCUCUUUUGUGCCAUCAAGCAGCAGAUGGAGAAAGGCCCCAUUGACUCUAUCACAGGAGAGGCUCGCUACUCGCUCAGUGAAGACAAGCUCAUCAGACAACAGAUUGACUACAAGACACUGGUGGUCAACUGCAUACAUCCAGAGAAUGAGAAAAGCCCAGAGAUCCAAGUAAAGGUCCUGAACUGUGAUACAAUAAGUCAGGUGAAGGAGAAAAUUCUGGAUGCCAUAUACAAAAACGUCCUUUAUUCACACCGCCUGAAGGCUUCAGAUAUGGACCUAGAGUGGCGCCAGGGUAGAGGACAGCGCAUGAUCCUCCAAGAUGAAGACAUAACCACAAAGAUUGAAGGGGACUGGAAGAGACUCAACAUGCUGUCCCACUAUCAGGUACCUGAUAAUGCUGUGAUGGCCCUUGUUCCCAAGCAGGUUACGGCUUACAACUCGGUAAAUAACUCCACAGUGUCCAGAACAUCUGCAAGUAAAUAUGAGAAUAUGAUUAAGUACACUGGAAGCCCAGACAGCAUGCGUUCCCGCACUCCUAUGAUCACGCCUGACCUGGAGAGUGGGGUGAAGGUCUGGCAUCUGGUAAAGAACCAUGAGCAUGGAGACCAGAAAGAAGGCGAUCGUGGCAGCAAGAUGGUCUCUGAGAUCUACCUGACACGACUUCUAGCUACCAAGGGUACAUUACAGAAGUUUGUUGACGACCUGUUUGAAACCAUCUUCAGCACCGCCCACAGAGGCAGUGCCCUGCCGCUGGCCAUAAAAUACAUGUUCGACUUCCUGGACGAGCAGGCAGACAAACACAGCAUCCAUGACCCACAUGUGCGACACACAUGGAAGAGCAACUGCCUACCUCUGCGCUUCUGGGUGAAUGUGAUCAAGAACCCCCAGUUUGUGUUUGACAUCCACAAGAGCAGCAUCACGGAUGCGUGUUUGUCUGUGGUGGCCCAGACCUUCAUGGACUCUUGCUCCACCUCAGAACACCGCCUUGGGAAAGACUCACCAUCUAACAAGCUGCUUUAUGCCAAGGACAUUCCCAGCUACAAGAGCUGGGUAGAGAGGUAUUACUCAGAUAUUAGUAAGAUGCCAGCAAUCAGUGACCAGGAUAUGAACGCCUACUUAGCAGAACAGUCCCGGAUGCACAUGAAUGAGUUCAACACCAUGAGUUCUCUCAGUGAGAUUUACUCCUACAUUGGAAAGUACACUGAGGAGAUUGUGUGUGCACUGGAGCAGGAUGAUGCAGCAAGGAAACAGAGGCUGGCUUUCAAGCUGGAGCAGGUGGUGGCCUUCAUGAGUCUUGAGAGCUGAGGACCGCACUUCCCAGGGUGCACUGGGAAGAGACCCCGUCAGAAACCGAGCUGUGCCUGAGCGAAGACCUGUCCCCAUGUUUUCCAUCAUCUGACUUCCACCCUCAGCUUUUCAGAGAUUACUUCUUCCUCAACCUUUUUUCUGCUUCCCUCAUCAACACAGCUGGAUAGACUAGUUCACCUGAAUAUUUGUGAAGGGUAGUGUGCAGCUGAGGUCAGCGUCUCCUGCAGUGCAGUGUGGGGCGUCCCUCAGCUUCAUCACUGGAGGGCUGUAUGGGCACCUUCCCCCUGCUGGACGAAAAGAGGAAACAAAUGUUAUGUUGCCUUCAAGAAUUUACACUGAUAGUAAAUCUUUGAAAACUAUAACCUGAGGUGUCCAUAUGUUGAACUUUUAAAAAUAGAAUAGUUAAGAUAAAAUCAUCUGGAGUUCUGUUUCAUGUAGAUCUAGAUUCAAUAUAUGGCAUCAAGUGGAAACAUCGAGACCGAUGACUGCAAGCCAAAUGAUUGGCUCUGGGGAUAAUUCAUGCAAGAAUGGUUCGCCAAGUUUACACUGUACCUUCAAGCAAAGCAUACAUAUCCGUAAAAUCUGGGUCGAAUCCAGGCAAACCUAGAAUGUUUUUUUUUUGUGUUCUUGAAAUGUAGCUCGGGUUGUAUCUAAGGACAAGACUGAUGGGGUGUGGGGAAGGAAUAUUGCUCCUCUGAACUUUUCCUCCCUGGAACAAAGCAGAGCAUCCUCAGCCUUUAGCUCAUUACACAUUUUUACCUGCCUAGCAUACCUUAAAAGAUAGAAAAAAAAAAAAAGCUCAUGAUUUCUGCUUCCAUUUGGCUUCUACAGCUACUGCUAAAUUAAGCUAUUAGAUCAAAUACUAGAGCCCCACCCAAGUUGGAUCCUCUUUAAAAAGCACACAACCUACUCUGGAAGACAAAUACCAGGAGCAUUCUCUUCCAACGGUCUAUCAAAGCACACACAAACAUACACAAAUGAAAAAAGCAGCUGCCCAGAUACAACCCACCAAUCCUAAAGGAGCUAAAGGGAAAAGCUGACUGAGAUGCAUGGGGUAAAAAACAUCUUUACCAGUAAAUCAGAAUGACUGCUACCUAAAGGGGCUUUGUUGUCUGAGUAGCACCUCUUUUCCAAGAUGUUAUUGUUUUAGACUUUCAUGAGGAGAAAUGAAAUGAGAUGGACUUUGCUGGUCAGCCAAAAACCAAAGGAGCUUGAAAUUUUCAAAAAUGGUCAAAAUGUAUUUAUAAAGUGCCACUGAGGAACUGACAAAAAAAAA